AUGGUGGACAAUGUGCAUAUGAUGCUGGAGAAAUGGAAAGAUCAUGAAGGCAAAGAAAUAGAGGUCUUCGAAGAGUUCACACUGUUGACAUCAGAAGUGAUCUCAAGAACAGCUUUUGGAAGCAGCUCUGUCGAGGGGAGGAACAUUUUCGAGAUGUUGAAGGAGAUGGCUGUAUUAACAUCCAGAUAUGCUUUCAAAGUGAGGCUUCCUGGCAUAAGUAAGAUAUGGAAAAUGGCGGAUAAGAUCGCGGGCGAGAAGCUUGAGAAAGGAAUUUGCAAUGAUAUCAUACGGAUAAUCAAGAAGAGGGAGGAGAAAAUUGCUUCAGGGGAGUCAGAUGGGUUCGGCAACGACUUCCUAGGAUUACCCGUACAGGCUUUUCUUGAAGAGGACAGGAGCAAGAAAAUCACAGUCGAUGAAUUGGUGGUUGAAUGCAAGGCGUUCUAUGUAGCUGGACAAGAAACUACAAACGCUACGCUUACAUGGAUGGUGUUCUUCCUUGCAGUUCAUUCUGAAUGGCAAGAAGAGGCAAGAAAGGAGAUGACUAUGAUCAUCAAUGAGUCACUACGAUUGUACACUCCAGGGAUUUCAUUGAACCGCAAAGUUAACAGGCAAGUAAGGGUUGGGAAACUCAUUGUUCCUGCCAACAUGGAGUUUUGCGUAGCGAGCCUCAAGGUCCAUCACGACCCUAAAAUAUGGGGAGAAGAUGUCCAUCUCUUCAACCCUGAGAGGUUCUCGGUAGGCGUCGCCAAAGCCACCGACAACAAUCCAGCCGUCUUCUUGCUGUUUGGGAUGGGUCCUCGGAACUGUGUGGGGAUGAACUUUGCAACCACUGAAGCGAAGAUUGCCCUUUCAAUGAUCCUCCAGCGAUACAGCUUCAUGCUGUCCCCUACGUACACUCACUCACCCUCUGAGCUCAUCACAAUUCGCCCACAGUAUGGACUUCACGUGAUUCUUCACCCACUUCAGAAAGAAGAUUAA